CUCCGAGGCUCCAUCCCCGACCCCCCGAGCCCUCCCCCCCGGGCGGGGACCCCCGGGCUCAGCCCAGGCUCAGCCGGUCCGUCCCGCUCCGCCGGCCGCCAGCCUGCUCCUUCUGGGCUAAAGGUGCGCGAUUUGGGACUGUCCCCUCCUCGAAGCCACCAUGGCAGCCCCGCCGGGAGCUCGGGACGUGAGGGACCUCACCUUCAGCCUCUGGGAUUACGGAGUGUUCGCUCUGAUGCUGCUCAUCUCCACGGCCAUCGGGCUCUUCCACGGGCUGGCCAAAGGCGGCCAAAAAACCUCGGAGGAUUUUUUCACGGGUGGCCGGCGCAUGUCGGCGCUGCCGGUGGGGUUGUCGCUGUCGGCGAGUUUCAUGUCGGCGAUCCAGGUGCUGGGGGUGCCGGCCGAGGCGUUCCGCUACGGAGCCAAAUUCCUCUGGAUGUGCCUGGCUCAGAUCAUCAACAGCGCGCUCACGGCGUAUUUCUUCCUGCCCGUCUUUUACCGCCUGGGGCUCACCAGCACCUACGAGUACCUGGAGCGGCGCUUCAGCCGGAGCGUGCGGCUCUGCGGGACCGUGCAGUACGUGGUGGCCACGAUGCUCUACACUGGAAUCGUCAUCUACGCACCCGCGCUGAUCCUAAACCAAGUGACCGGGCUGGACAUUUGGGCCUCGCUGCUGUCCACGGGGGUCAUCUGCACCUUCUACACCACCAUAGGCGGGAUGAAGGCUGUCAUCUGGACCGACGUGUUCCAGGUGUUCGUGAUGCUCGCGGGUUUUGUCGCUGUCGCGGUGCGCGGGGCGCUGCUGCUCGGGGGUCCCGCCAGGGUGCUGAGCAUCGCGGCCAACGGCUCCAGGAUCAACUUCGCCGACUUUGACCCCGACCCCCGGCGCCGGUACACGCUCUGGACCUUCGUGCUGGGGGGGUCUCUGCUCUGGCUCUCCAUGUACGGUGUGAACCAGGCGCAGGUGCAGCGCUACGUGGCCUGCAGGAGCGAGAGGGAGGCCAAGCUGGCGCUGCUGGUCAAUCAAGCGGGGCUCGUGUGCAUCGUGGCCAGCGCUGUGGCCUGCGGGCUCGUCAUGUUCGCGCUCUAUCGCCACUGUGACCCGCUGCUGGCCGGGGCCAUCGCCGCGCCCGACCAGUACAUGCCCUACCUGGUCCUGGACAUCUUCGAGAGCGCCCCGGGCGUGCCGGGGCUGUUCCUGGCCUGCGCCUACAGCGGCACCCUCAGCACGGCCUCGACCUCCAUCAACGCCAUGGCCGCGGUGACCGUGGAGGAUCUGGUGAGGCCGCGGCUGCCCGCGCUCAGCCCGCGGAGGCUGGCGCUGAUCGGCAAGGGGCUCUCUCUCACCUACGGCACCUCGUGCAUCACCGUGGCCGCUCUGUCCUCGCUGCUGGGAGGGGGCGUCCUGCAGGGCUCGUUCACGGUGAUGGGGGUGAUCAGCGGGCCCCUGCUCGGAGCCUUCGUGCUGGGAAUGUUCGUGCCCUGCUGCGGCAGCGCCGCCGUGCUGGGCGGUCUGGCCGUGGGCCUGGCGCUGUCCCUGUGGGUGGCCGUUGGUGCCACCCUGUACCCGCCCAGCGCGGCCACCAUGGGGGUGCUGCCAACCUCGGGGACAAUGUGUCCGCCCCGCAACGCCACCAAUGUCACCAACGUCACCAAUGUCACCAACGGCACCGCCCUGCCCGCGCCACCGCCGGACCUGCUGCGCCCGGCCAUCCUGGCUGAGUUCUACUCCAUGUCCUACCUGUACUACGGCGCCUUGGGGACACUGGGGACCGUGGGGACAGGGGCCCUGCUCAGCCUCCUGCCAGGGCCAGCCCGGCAGAGCCACCGUCCCCAGGGUGUGCUGUGGUGUGACAUCAUCAAGGCCACACCCUCGGGUGUCCCCAAGGGUGACAACAGCCCCGAGGACGAGCCCCCGGACAAGGCUGGAGCCACCCAGGCGCUGCUGGAGAGGCCGGACGGGGAGGGGACACCCCCGUGUGACACCCCCAGGGGUGGCACUGUCACCGAGAGCGACGUGUAGGGGACAGCGG